AUGUCGAUGCCUUCUAGUUAUGAUUAUAAAUAUGGUUACACUAGCGUUUUGUCCCCUUAUCUCUCCUCAUCUCCAGUGUUCCUCGGGAGUGUACACCAGGGAGGAGGCAAUCACCACCGUAGAAAGAGGCGCCACCGCACUAUAUUUACGGAGGAGCAGCUAGAGCAAUUGGAGGCAGCUUUCGAGAAAACCCACUACCCGGAUGUUUUACUGAGGGAGGAGCUCGCACUCCGGGUAGACCUCAAAGAAGAAAGAGUAGAGGUAUGGUUUAAGAACAGGCGUGCAAAGUGGCGCAAGCAGCAGAGAGAGGAACAAGAGCGCCAUCGAAGAAUCCAAGAAGACCGAAGCGCACACUGCACGAGGCAUCUCAGUUCCAGUGACGACCCCCAGUCACCCUCACUCAUGGGGAAAUUGAACCCUCCUGGUCUUUCUUCACCAGAAUACAGGAAUAGUAGUGAUCCUCCUGGUCAUAUCAGUCCUUGAUGGACACAGUCGGCGUUCUUGUAUUAUAGACAAAUUCACCGAAAGAAAGUUUUUA